UGCCGAAGGUAAACAUUUAAAAGUCGGCUUUGUCAAAACAAAAUAUCGUUAAUAAACUAAGGAUUUUGAUCGAACAUCGUAGAUUAAACUUUCCAUCAAACAAUUUGUGUCAACGACAGCAGCCUAUGAAAAAACUAUAAUACGCUGAAGUGACAAAAUUUGUGUUUGGAAUUGAAAUAAAAACAAAAACCUUAUCACCAUCUGCAACAUGGAUGAGAAAAUGUCAUAUAAGCGAAUAUCCGGUGAGGGUUGCACAGACAGCAACGUAGACAAAGAGGUUGCAAUGGAGUCGGUGGAGGUGUCGGCUGCUUGCAUUGAACAUAAUGACAAUAACUGUAAUGAAAGCAAUUCUCCAUCGUCACCAACUAAAACAGACAAAACCUGUAGCGAUAGCGGAGUUUGUAAAAACAUGGGGGAACAAUUAACAGCGGCUAAUAUGGAUGUAAAUUCAGAAGCAUGUAAAACAAAUACAGAAGAAACAACUCCUCUCCCACCACCAAAUAAAACAGUCCUUAGCCCAACUAUUAACGAUACUUCAAAUAUGGAAAUCUCCCCAUCAAAUAUUGAUAGUGAAGACUCAAAAUGUGAAAACGAAAAUGAAGAAAAUAUCGGUCCAAACAGUAGUAGCGCCGAGACGUCAAAUGAAUUACUUGCAUGGCCAAGGAAUACGCGACGAGAAGGACGAAACUAUCGGCAUAGUAUGCAAGGCAAUGAAGAAGAAGAAGAAGUGGAUGUAACUGAAUCAAAUUCAGUAAUAGCUGAUGGAACUGAGGAAGAGCAAAUGCCGCUGCUAUCGGAACCAGUUACACAAACAGAAAAUACGGUAACGCAAGUUAAUACUGAUACAUCAAUGUCGGGCGAAGUAGCAAACUCGCCCUCGACUUCCGAAAAUGCAAACGGAUUACCAUCUGUCAGUAGCAGCUCUUCUUUCAGUGAUGACGAUGAUAUUGAUGAUGAUGAUAGCGAUGGUGACGUAGAUUUCGAUUCUGAUUAUGAUCCUCGGUUAAUUGAAUAUGUCAAUGAAGUAGCCGAUGUUAUGAAUAAGCCUAAGCCACCAUAUACCUGGCGCUCAACAAAUGAGUUAAUGCGAAGAGAGCAUGGACUGAGCGGUGAUGGCCGCAAAACUUUACGCAGCGGUAUGUCACUGGGAUUCAAUGCACGUUUUUAUGGAUCGCGACACGUUGUGGAACGUAUGAAAAUUUCUCAUUGCCUACUAAAGCAUAGCGGUUGUGUUAAUUGCUUAAACUUUAAUCGCUCCGGCGACUUGUUGUGUUCUGGCUCAGAUGACACACGCAUAGCUGUCUGGGAUUGGGCGCAGAAAAAAGCAAAAUGCGUUUUUAAAUCAGGGCAUACUGAGAACAUAUUUCAAACGAAAUUCAUCAGCAGUACAGGUGUUUUGGACAUUGUCUCCGCUGGUCGCGAUGGUCAAGUACGUCGAUCGAUAUUACCAUCAUCUGGAGGUAAACCACAAACGUCUUUGCUAUAUCGGCAUAAUGGCUCUGUGCAUAAACUUGUGAUGAGCCCCCAAAACCCCUAUGAAAUAAUAAGUGCUGGUGAGGAUGCUCAUAUACGACAUAAAGAUUUGCGCAGCGACGAAGGUGCUACCAGCAUCUGUAAAGUACAGAACAGCAAGAAGAAACGAAAAAUACGACUCUUUAGUAUUGCUCACCAUCCUUAUGCACCGGAAGUAUGUGUUAGCGGUUGCGAUAAUUUUGUACGUACCUACGAUAAGCGCAAUAUGAGUAAACCAGUUUACCAAAUGUGUCCCGCACAUUUAAUUAAGGAUCACACGCCACAAGUUACUUGUGCUGUAUACAAUAACACUGGUAGCGAAGUGCUAGCAUCUUAUAGUGAUGAAUUCAUAUAUUUAUUUAAUAAUAAACCUUAUAAAACCGGAGAAUAUCUCCAUCGUUACCGUGGGCAUUAUAAUCAUAAAACCAUUAAGGGUGUUAACUUCUUUGGACCCAAUUCAGAAUAUAUCAUCAGCGGUAGUGAUUGCAGCAACAUAUUUUUCUGGGAUAAAAAUACGGAGGCAAUAGUAAAUUUCAUGCCUGGUGAUUCUAUUGGGGUGGUUAAUUGUUUAGAACCACAUCCAACAAUACCUGUGCUAGCAACAUCGGGGCUCGAUUCAAGCAUUAAAAUAUGGACACCUACUAGUAAUGUGUACCCACCAAAUUUGUCAAAACUUGAAGCAUGUGUGAAUCGUAACUUAAGGCACGCUGCUUACACCGACGAAUUCGACGACAGAGAGUUCCAUAGUUUCAUUCGUCAAUUUCUUCGCCGUCCUCCUCGACGUGGUACACGUGAAAACUUAAGCAGCAGCAGCAGCAGUAACAGCGAUGAAGAUAGUGAUGCAUUUGAAAACUCACAAAUGGAUGGGAUACAAUGCCACACUCAAUGAAAAUGAAUUAUACUUAAAGAUGUUUUUAAAACGUGGCGAAAUAGUUGAUGAAUAUCAAUAUCUUUCUUAUAUUAAACUUUUUAUUUCCUCUAUCUUUCUGUUGGAAUUGUUGAGCCUUAUUAGUAGUUGUGUACGAUGCAAUUCAAUGUGAGUUUAUCGCCUAUUAAACUUAUUUAGAAUAAUCGUGCCAAAAUUGUUUGUUGAUUAUCAAAAUAAUACAUAUAUAUUUCGUGUAAUAUUUGAAUUGAAUAUUGAACCCAUUGAAUAAAAAAAUAUAUAUAUACAUAACUAAU